AUGAUUACAUCUUCAAGUUCACUAUCUCUAUUUAAGAAUAAUGUAACAAUAAUAAGUAAUACACAAAUUAAUAACAGAAACGAUAGACAUGAUCACCAACAAAAUGUAAAUGCAUUACAAUCAUCUGUGAUUGCUGUUUUAUCAAUUGAAAGAAUCUUAAGUUCUUCAUUGGGACCAAGGAGUAUGAGUAAACUUAUAAUUAAUGAAAAAGGACAAUCAUUGAUCACAAGUGACGGUGCAUCUAUAUUAAAGAAUAUAAGAGUAAAACAUCCUGCUGCUUCUAUCUUGGUUGAUAUUGCAUUAUCACAGGAUCGAGAUGUUGGAGAUGGUACAACAUCAGUUGUGUUAUUAUGUUGUCAGAUAUUGAAUUCGAUUCAGCCACUUGCUAUGACUAUACAUCAAACUACACUAUCAUCGAUGUUAUACGAGGUCAGUCAAUAUUGUAUUGAUGUAUUGGAUCGCAUUGCAAUUCAAUAUGAUAAUCAAUUGGGUGUAAAUGGUAAGGAGGACGUUCUACUAAAGAUUGCAGGUGUUUCACUCGGUACAAAGCAUCACUCCUAUUGGAACACCAAUAUGAUUCAAAUCGCACUAUCUGCCAUCAGGAAUUCAUAUGAUAAACUAAACAAUACAAUAGAUGUUACACAUAACAUAGAAAUCAUUAAACUAAUAUCAAAUAAUAAUAUUAAUAAUAAUGAUGAACAGCAACAACAACAACAGCAAAAUACUUUAAGUUAUACAAUAGAUAAUAGUGAAUGUUUAAAAGGAAUUGUUAUAAAUACAAAUUGUAUACCAACUAUAUUACCUCAACAUAGACAACAACAACAACAGCAAUCAAACAGUAUAUUAAAAUGUUGUAUUAUAGCAUAUAAAGCAUUGAAAGUUGCAUCCUCUACAUCAUCAAGAACAACAUUAUCUACAACUGAUCAACUUGAACAAUACAUAAAUCGAAAAGAUACAAAUAUUAUAAGAUUAUAUGAAAAGUUAGUUCAAUUAAAUGUUAAUAUUAUUUUCUUUAAAUAUGAAAUACCAGAUUAUCUUGUACAAUUACUUAUACAAAAGGGAAUAAGUUGUGUUCAAAACAUUAAUGAUAAUGAAUGUUUAAACAAGCUAUCUACACUAACAAAUUCAAUGUUAUUCACUUCAGAACAAGAUAUUGAUGAGUCAAUGUUGGGUAAACUUGAAGGUUUAUCACUUUUAACAAAGAUUGAUUCAUUAUAUUAUAUUUAUUUAAAAAAUUCAGAUACAUCGUAUUCUACAAUAUUACUUAGAGGACCAUCAAUAGAUAUUGUAAGUGAUCUAGAGAUUGGUAUGAUCGAUGCACUUUAUCUUUUAAAGUCAGCAAUUGAAUCAUCACCAAAGUUUGUGUAUGGUGGAGGUUGUUGUGAGAUGGCACUAGCUGUACAUCUCAAGCACUACGCACAGCAAUUAGAUACACACUCUCCGAAACGACAACUCUAUCUGUGUAUUUCGGAUUGCUUUACAGUUAUACCAAAGACACUGAUUGCCAACUGUCAUACAAGUAGCCCACUUAAAUCCAUUGCCAAAUUAGAGUACCUUCAUUCACAAUUUACAAACAACCACAAUGACAACAAACAAUCAAGCAGCAGCAGCGACAAAAUCAAUAAUAGAAUGGGUAUCGAUGGAUGGACAGGCGAGAUAACCGAUAUGGAGAGGUUGGGUAUAAUUGAACCUUUAAUACUAAAGAAAUCAAUCAUUACCACUGCAUUUGAAUCAUGUAUGACUCUAUUAAGAAUUGAUACAAUCAUAUCAUCAUAA